AGUCACCAUUACUAUCGUGUAAAGUCACUUAAGCAGAAUGUUAUAUAUUGUCUAUUGUCUGUGUCAUUAUUGUCUGUGGUCUCUCUCUUGAAAUAAAAGCAUCAUACAACAUGGUGUCAGAAUUAUAAAAAUUAAAAUUAAAAUGAAUAGUCAAACUGCUAAAAAGUACCAAGAUUUUGUGGAAAAUUAGUAAGUCAGUCGUAAAAGUUAAAUAAAUAACUUACAGUUUAAAACAAUUUAGACAAAAUGCCGAACACAGAAAAAACUCCUCAAGUCAUGUCGGCAAACGACACGUGUUCGACAUCAAACAUUUUUAAUAAUGUUCCCAAACUUGUCGUCUCGAAGGCUGAUAGCCAGAGCAAUGCAGUGGAGUGGAAGAAGUGGUGGCAGAGUUUCCAAAUGUUCCUUCUCGCCACGAACCUGGAAGCUGCGUCCGAAAAACGUAAAAUAGCCAUAUUGCUACACACUGUCGGUGAAAAAGGCGUAGAGAUUUACAAUUCUUUUAACUUGGAUUUAGAGAAGAUAACAUUAUCGGAAGUAAAAAACAAAUUUGACAAUCACUUUGAGCCACAAAAAAGCCUAACGAUGACACGUCAUUCAUUUUUCACGAGGGUCCAAAAAGAUGAGGAAACUAUUGAUUGUUUCAUCACUGACUUGCAGAACAAAGCAAAUAAAUGUGAAUUUGGAGAGCUAAAAGACUCAUUAAUCAGAGACAUCUUCAUAGCGAACAUGAGUUCCAAAUUGAUUAAUGUGAAGCAAAGAUUACUGCAAGAAAAUAACCCUACUCUUGAAAGAACACUUACACUAGCAAAAACCGUCAUAAUGGCGCAAGAAAAUGCUCAAAAAAUUGAGAGUACACAAUGUUCAGACACAGUCAUGCACAUACAAAGGCAAAGACCAAGGUCAAGGUCCAGAGGUUCUUCAAAUAAACAAAGUAUGUCACAUAGUCAAGUCAAGUCAAGGCAACGCAGUCAGAGUCCAUUUAGUCAGCGCAGUGCCAAUAACAAAACCUGUGGACGGUGUGGUCAAUUUCAUCGCUUCAAAUGCCCAGCUCAAGGAGGUCUUGGAUGUCUACCUCCUGUUUGUCGCUUGAAGCUUCAGGACAAUGCAGUACCAUGCGUUGAUCCUCCCAGAAAAGUUCCAUUUGGAUUAUAUAGCAAAUUAAAAGAAGAAUUGGAUCGCAUGUCGGAAAUGAACGUCAUAGAAAAAGUCACACAUCCUACUGAAUGGGUAAAUUCUGUUGUAGUCACUGUCAAAAAGUCAGGUCAGUUAAGAAUUUGUCUUGAUCCUAGGAAUUUAAAUAAAUACAUUAUCAGAGAACAUUAUCCUCUUAAAAGUAUAGAUGAAAUUAGGUCAAUAUUAAAAGGUGCUUCUUAUUUUUCACAUCUUGAUGCUUUUUCUGGCUUUUGGAUGCUGAAACUAGAUAGUGCGAGCUCAGAUCUUUGCACAUUUCAAACACCUUUUGGUCGUUAUCGUUAUUUAAGAUUACCUUAUGGUAUUAAUGCUGCGUCAGAAAUUUUUCAUCGAGUAAUGACAGAUAUUUUUGCUGAUCUCGAAGGAGUCUUAGUUUUUGUCGAUGAUAUUCUAGUAUAUGGGGAAACAGAAGAAAUUCAUAACAAAAGAUUAUAUAAAGUCAUGCAGAGAGCAAGAGAAGUCAAUUUAAAAUUAAAUAAAGAUAAAUGCAAAUUUUCAGUCAAAGAAGUAUGUUUUUUAGGCUAUGUCUUUAGUAAAGAAGGUGCUAAGGUCGAUCAGGAAAAAGUCAAGGCUAUUGUCAACAUGCCUACCCCAACUAAUGUCAAAGAACUACAAAGAGUCUUAGGUAUGAUAAAUUAUUUAGGUCCUUUCAUUCAAAACAUGUCGGAAAAAACUCAAGUUUUAAGAAAUCUUCUAAAAAAAGACUCAGUCUGGGUCUGGGAUGAAAAUUGUGAAAAAAGUUUCCAAUCUUUAAAAAAUGCAAUCACAAAUGCACCUGUCUUAGCUCAUUACAACCCAAAUAUACCUAUAGUCUUGUCAGUCGAUUCAUCAAAGAAAGCAUUAGGAGCAGUGCUCAUGCAAAAUAAACAGCCUAUAGCCUACAGUUCUAAAACUCUAACUACAACUCAAGAAAGAUACGCUCAAAUAGAAAAAGAGUUAUUUGCUAUUCAAUUUGGUUGUGAAAAAUUUCACCAAUAUGUCUAUGGCAAUAGGGUCACUGUACAUACAGAUCACAAACCCUUAGUCUAUUUAUUUAAAAAACCUUUGCACGAUGUACCAGCACGUCUACAAAGAAUGAUGCUUGCUUUACAGGCUUAUGAUUUAAAUGUAAUUCAUGUGCCCGGUAAAGAAAUGUACAUAUCAGACACAUUGUCUAGGGCAGCUUUAAAAGAAAACUAUAUUCCAAAUUAUGAGUCAGAUUUGUCAUGUCAUGUAAAUGCAGUAUAUUCUAACUUGGCUAUAAGUGAAGAAUACAAAAAUAAAAUUUUACAAGCUACUAAAUUAGAUAGUCAAUUGCAAAUGUUAAAAAAGUACUGUCAGGAUGGAUGGCCUACUAGUAAAAAUCAAUAUAGAAAUACACCUAAAGCAAAUUUUCCAUCUCCAGCUCAGUUAUUAAUGUCCAGAAAUCUAAGAAUGCAUAUACCAGUCACUAAUAAAAAGCUUAAACCUAAAGUAGUCACCUUCAGUGAUUAUAAAAAAAGUUUUGAUAAAGACCGAGCACAAAGUAGAAGUUAUUACAAUAGAAAUAAAAAACCAUUACCACUUUUACAACCUGGUGAUCAUGUCACUUUUAAAAAGAAUCCUAAUUCAGACUGGCUUCCUGCUAUUGUUAAAGAAAGGUUAAAGUGUCAGAGGUCAUACAUAAUAGAAGACAGUAAAGGUAAUAGGUACAGGAGAAAUAGAGUACAGAUAAGGUUCACGUCCAAUGAAAGUUGUCACAAGUUCGAUUCCGAGGUGCCAUCCAAUGCUUCUGAAACCCAAAUAAGUCAAAGGGAAGAGGAACCAAGCGAGAGACAGGUGGAAGCAGACCAUGAUUCAUUUACAGAUUCAUUCAUGGAUUCAGUUCAUAAACCUAAGGAAUUUUACAAGUAUGUGACUAGAUCUGGUAGAGAAAUUAAAUUACCUAUGAAAUAUGAUUUGUAA